AUGCUGUGCAACUUUGGUCACCUGUGCAAGGUGCUGCCCUUCCAAUUCCUUAGCAUCAUCUCCCACUGCACCACCCACUCCAGCGGCCUCAAGACACUCCUCCAUGUCAACAACAACUUCCUCAGUUGCACACUCCAGCAGGGCUACAUGAUGAUACAGCCACCUGGCCAGCCCUCCUUCCAGCUCCCAUUGGCGCUGUGCGUGUGUGCUGAUGACCCCAUGCUGCGCUUCUUCCUCCGCCUGCAGCAGAGCAGCUCCAUCUAUUGCUGCGUCUACUGCCUCUGGCUCCAUGCCUGCAUGGCAAUCCCCUCCUGUGGCAGCUACCUGGAUGCCAGCAACACGGCACCCAUGGUCAUCUCUCUACACCCCUACAACAUGGUCUUCUGCAUGCUGCACACCCUCUGCCAUGUUGGCAAGCUCAUGGCCAACCUCAUCUACAACUACAUUGCAUCUCAAGUGAACCCCACUCCACUCUUCACACAAAUCUUUGCACUCCUUGGCCCCACUCUGGGGCUGGAGGCAGCCAUCAUGGAAUGCAUCACCAAUCUUCAUCAUGUGUUCCACAUGCUCUACCUGUUUGAGCCUCUCACACCUGAGCAUGCCAACAAAUGGUCCUGGUUCAAGGACCACGUCGAUGACAUCAUGGCCCACUUCCAGCGCCUGGUGGCACAAGGUUGGGAGUCUAACUACAUGCACAAGAUCCAGAAGCACAGCAUCACCCUGCUCAAGCAUGCAAUUCCUGCACUGUUGGACCAGCUAUGGACUAUGUCUGCACUUCCAGACAUUCUGUCUGAAGCUUUGAAAUAA